GUGUGCGUUGUGUGUCGGAUAGAAAGUCAGCCUGCAGGUUUCCAGCUGACUGCUUGCUCUCUCACAGCGUGUGUGUGUGUGUGUGUGUGUGUGUGUGUGUGUUGUGCGUGUGUGUGUUGUCAUUAUUAUCCACUCUGCUCUCAGCUGAGAAUGGCCAGAUUCACUCAGACUGAAACAAGAAGGCAGCACCAUCCACAGCAGCCCCAGCCCGCUCACUCCAGCCUGGUUUUCAUCGGACCGGGGGCGCCACCGACCCAACCACCACUACUUCUUAUCCCACACCAGCACCAGUACCCUCAGAUCACAUUUCAGAAACCCAUGAACGGGUCAGAACCCAUUUCCAUUCAUCCGGAGAGCGGCAACAUGAAAGACCAAGAUGCCAUUAAGCUGUUUAUCGGACAGAUUCCGCGGAACUUGGAGGAAAAAGACCUGAAACCUCUGUUUGAACAGUUUGGGAAAAUCCACGAACUGACAGUUCUCAAGGACCGAUACACCGGCAUGCACAAAGGCUGUGCUUUCCUCACCUACUGCGCCCGAGAGUCGGCCAUAAAAGCCCAGAACGCCCUCCAUGAACAGAAGACACUGCCAGGGAUGACUCGGCCCAUCCAGGUGAAACCGGCUGACAGUGAGAGCCGUGGAGAAGACAGGAAGCUGUUUGUCGGGAUGCUGAACAAACAACAGACCGAGGAGGAUGUUUACCGCCUCUUCGAACCCUACGGAGUCAUCGAGGAGUGCACGGUCCUAAGAGGUCCUGACGGAAACAGCAAAGGUUGUGCUUUUGUCAAAUUCUCCACACAUGCUGAGGCUCAGUCUGCAAUCAGCACCCUCCAUGGCAGCCAGACCAUGCCAGGUGCGUCUUCCAGCCUGGUAGUCAAGUUCGCUGACACAGACAAAGAGCGCACCAUCAGACGUAUGCAGCAGAUGGUUGGGCAGUUUGGUAUCUUCAACCCAGCUAUUGCCCUUCCCUUCAGCACCUACAGCUCUUACGCACAUGCGCUCAUGCAGCAGCAGGCAGCCAUCAUGGCAGCAAGCCACGGGGGUUACCUCACGCCAAGCGUGGCAUUCCCCGCCACACAGAUCCACCAGAUGGGGGCGCUCAACCUCAACAGCCUACCACCCACCCCCAUGACCCCGGUGUCGGGUGAGUUUCAUCAAACCCUGGCAGGUCUCAGUUCUCCACCAGCCAACAUCACCACCUCUGCCGUACCCAGCAUUGUCACACCCAUUGUCAACGGCUUCACUGGCAUCCCGCAUCAGCCCAACGGUCACCCCGCUGUGGAGACUGUGUACACCAAUGGCCUGCCAUCCUACUCUACUCAGAGUCCUACCGCUGCUGACACCCUGCAGCAAGCCUUCACUGGGGUCCAACAAUACACGGCAAUCUACCCCGCCACCACACUGACUCCCAUUGGCCAAACACUGCCCCAAGCGCCCCAGGUCAUCCAGCAGCAGCAACAGAGAGAAGGUGAGGGUCCAGAGGGCUGUAACCUGUUCAUCUACCACCUGCCACAAGAGUUUGGAGACAAUGAACUCAUGCAGAUGUUUUUGCCCUUUGGCACUGUCAUUUCCUCAAAGGUUUUCAUGGAUCGGGCAACUAACCAGAGCAAGUGCUUCGGUUUUGUGAGCUUCGACAACCCGACCAGUGCACAGGCAGCUAUUCAAGCAAUGAAUGGCUUUCAGAUUGGAAUGAAGAGGUUGAAAGUCCAACUAAAGAGACCGAAGGAUGCCAGCCGCCCUUACUGACAAAGCCUAGCUUCAACAUUAACCACAGCGGCACAGGUUUUUGAGGACACGUGAAGAUAUCUUGGAGGAGUUCAACUUUUUUCCUUUUUUCCUUCUGAAAAACAAAAUAUCUUUAAAAAAAUCAACACCGUAUGGAAUUUUUGAAGACAUAUCAGCGUUUUUGCUCGUGACGACACAGGUUGGCAAAAAGACGAAGCGAAACAGGAGUCGCUUUUGCCAGGGGACUUAAACGACAGUAAACAUAUGGCACACUGAAGAAAGACGAUGAGGAGGGGAAAACAAAACUGAAGAGGAUGCGACCAGACUGAACAACAACAGAACUUUUCUUGUUGAGACUUGAAUUGUUAAUUAAGCAACAAACGAAAAAAAAAAAAAGCAGCAACAACAACAAAUAGAUUUCUAUAUACAUAUUAUAUACACACACAUAUAUAUAAAGAAAGAUGCGCUUGUGGCAUUUACUGUCCUGGACAAAUGAGGGUUCAAACUUGAAGAUCAAGAAAAACAGUGGCAAAAA